GACAGGAAACGUCAGAUGCUGACCAAUCAGCGGCAGGGGACGGCGCUCUCUUCCUUCCACGUGAUCGUGCUUGUUAGUUCGCAGGCGGUCAGACCAAGAGCCGGAGACCAUGGAUCAGAGAUUUGGGUUAUUAGUUCUUCUGGCGGCCGGCCUCCUCUGCCUCAGCUUGGCCCCCGUGUCUCAGGCUGAGCACCAGGUCGAGGACGGUCUGGAUGAUGACGUAGACGUCGAGGACGAGCUGGAUAUGGGUUUGGCCGGAGCUGACGAGGAGGAGCUAGAGGGGGACGUUCAGGAUGAGGCUCCACCUGCUCCUACAAUUCCUCCCGUACCCAAGGUGACCUACAAAGCCCCUGAGCCGAUGGGGGAACAUUUCUUCGCAGAGUCUUUUGACCGAGGGACACUUGACGGCUGGGUUGUGUCCAUAGCCAAGAAGGAAGACACUGAUGAAGAGAUCGCAAAAUAUGAUGGUAAAUGGGCCGUGGAGGAGAUGAAGGACAGUAAACUGCCCGGGGACCAAGGUCUUGUACUGAAGUCCAGAGCCAAGCAUCACGCCAUCUCAGCCCAGCUGCUGCGACCUUUCACCUUCGACACCCAGCCCCUCAUCGUCCAGUACGAGGUGAACUUCCAGGCAGGGAUUGAUUGUGGUGGUGCCUACAUCAAACUGCUGACUCAGACUCCUGACCUGGACCUGGACCAGUUUGUGGAUAAAACUCCGUACACCAUCAUGUUUGGACCUGACAAAUGUGGAGAAGAUUAUAAACUUCACUUCAUCUUCAGACACAAAAACCCCAAAACUGGAGAGUACGAAGAGAAACACGCUAAGAAACCAGAUUCUGACCUGAGGACCUACUAUACCGACAAGAAGACACACCUGUACACACUGGUGUUGAACCCUGACAACACCUUCGAGGUGCUGGUCGAUCAGACGGUUGUGAACAGCGGCAGCCUGCUGACAGAUAUGACCCCCCCUGUGAACCCCCUCGCCGAAAUCGAGGACCCGGAAGACCACAAACCCGAGGACUGGGACGAGAGGCCCAAGAUCCAGGACCCAGACGCAGUCAAGCCCGAGGACUGGGACGAGGACGCUCCCGCUCAGGUUCCAGAUGAAGACGCAGUGAAACCAGACGGCUGGUUGGACGACGAGCCGGAGUACAUCGGAGAUCCUGAAGCCGUCAAACCUGAAGACUGGGAUGUGGACAUGGACGGUGAAUGGGAGGCUCCUCAGAUCCCGAACGCCGCCUGCGAGUCCGCCCCCGGCUGUGGCGCCUGGAGCCGUCCGAUGAUCGAUAACCCCGCCUACAAGGGCAAGUGGAAGCCCCCAAUGAUCGACAACCCCAACUACCAGGGCGUCUGGAAGCCAAGGAAGAUCGCCAACCCGGAGUUCUUUGAGGACCUGCACCCGUUCAGGAUGAGUCCCUUCAACGCUGUUGGACUCGAGCUCUGGUCCAUGACCUCCGACAUCUUCUUCGACAACUUCUUCAUAUCCAACGACCGCAGCACGGCCGAGCGCUGGGCCACCGAUGGCUGGGGGCUGAAGAAGGCAGCAGAGGGCGCGGCUGAUCCUGGUCUGGCCACACAGAUGAUGAACGCUGCAGAGGAGCGUCCCUGGCUCUGGAUCGUCUACGUCCUCACGGUGGCUUUACCGAUCGUCCUCAUCGUUAUCUUCUGCUGCACCGGCAAGAAGAAGAGUGCGGCGACGCCAGCAGAAUACAAGAAGACGGACGAACCUCAGCCUGAUGUGAAAGAGGAGGAAGAGGAGGAGCAGGAAGAGAAGGCUGAAGAGGCAGAGGAGAGCAGUCCAGCUGCAGAGGGCAAGAGCGACAAAGAGGAUAGUCCGGGAGAGGAAGAGGACGCUAAGAACGAUGAAGAUAAGGACCCCACAGUAGAUGAGAAGUUGGAGGACGAUGUUCUGCGGAGAUCUCCCAGGACCAAGAAGGUCAGAAAAGACUGAAGUCUCUGAAUCCAAAGCCCUGACCUCGACUCCUCCCCCUACUGCCUCCCCUUAUACACCCCUCCCCCAUCCUCCCCAUCCUCCUCUGCUCCGAGGUGAUGAAGCCUGAACGGAUCCAGAGGAAGCAGUGAAGCCGACAGGAAACUAAUCAAGAAACUGACGCCUGAUGAUUCCAGUAUGAGCAGGACUGAGUUAGUUUGAUUAAAGGAGAAUAACUAAGAUUAACUAAAACUUCCUGCAUCAUUCCUUAACAACCCCUGAGCAGACUCGAACCCACGACGCCACGUCUCCUCUUCGCCGCCACCUGCCGCCACCCACGAGCUGGCCAAAGCCCCGCCCUCCUAACAGCCUGUUAAAACCCUGUUGACAGUUUGCUGAUCAGUGUCUUUAGUUAACGUAGGUAACUGACUCAAAUUAAACCGUCUAACCUCAGGUCUGAGGUCAGCCUGUUCACAUCCAUCGUCCUGUUGGGUCUAAUAUUGAAGCUGUUAGCGGUUAGGAUUAACUAACCCACUGCAAAUCCACCAGUCAGAAUAUAACGACAGGAAGUCUGAACCAAUACCCGAUCAAUAAUCUAUACAGUUAACAGAGUAGUCUGCUGACGGGCAGAUAACUAGCCAAUCAUCUAUCAGGGUGCUGAACAGGCUAACAGGUUAUCCAACAACCAGAAGUCUCUGCAUGCUAACCUUACAGCUAAUUAGCCACAGAACUUGUCUUUUAACUCUUUAACCACUGUCCAGCAGCUUCUUAGCCUGACUUGUAACCAACCAGCAGACAGGAUGUCCUCACAUGAUCCGGGCAGUAGCCUGAAUGCUCUUGCUAAUUAGCCCAUGAGCUAGUCCGUAGCGAUGGAAACCUCAUCCCUCUACUCAGCUGAUCCCAGCAGUUUGCUAACGAGUCCACAGAUAAUGUUAAUAACUGCAACUUCUUCUUCCAAGACUGGAAAUUAGCCUGUUAGCAUCCCACCCAUUACUUUUCAAUCAGCUGCAGCAGUCGCAUGCUAAUGGCUCCGGAAAUGGAAUGAGUACACUCCAGCUGACAUGAACUAUAUUUUCUUCUCGUGUUGUUGUCACAGACGUUCGUGGAAGUUUUGUCCUCAGUGUUUUUAACAUGUGUUUUUGUCCUGAUGGCAGCGGAGAAGGUCAGAGGUCAAGCGCUUGUGUUGUGAUUAGAACAAACUGUCGGUUCCAGGCCUCGGGUGUCGUGUCACCUGGAGUCAAGGUCACAGACGGAUCUUGUCAGACCUGUUCUCGCCCGGUGUCGUUUUCAGUCAAAACGGUUGAGUCAGCUUGUCCAUGGGUUCUACUGGCGGCAGCAGAGGCCUCUUAAGACCCGAUACUCCAUCUUUAAAAACAAUUCAUUUAGAUCUCAGUCCAAACAAUGACGGCAGACGUUUCACUGCUCGCGGUGAAAACCCUUUGGCUGCUCGGUGUCGAUGUGUAAUGAGGAAAAACUGAAUCUGUUUCACAUCAGCAUCAUCGUGAAACAGAUCCAACAGAUUUCACAGUGAAACUCCUGAUUGUCAUCAAACCUUUCAGCUGCUGUGUCUUUAAACCUUUCACAUCGUCACUGAGUCCCAGUCAUGUUUGUUUGGACUGAAACUGAUGUCGGCAGAUGGACAAACUCCCAGUCCCUCUUUCAUCAACCCCAUGUGCAAAGAAAAGGCACUAACGGAAAAACUCAGGCGCUUAUUCCCUCACCCGUCCACCUGCCGCACCACAUCUGGAUUCUCGCCCCAUGUUAAAGAGACGGCACUUGAGCGAAAAGUUCGUUCUUAACCACAAAAAUACGAGAAGAAAUAUAAAACUCCUGUCGGUCACAUGGUCAGUUUGGUGACGUGUGCGCGGCUGUGAUCACAUGACUGAGCCGUCUAAAGUCCACAGGAGUUAACUAAGACCUUUUUAAAGAUUCUACCUCUGGACUUGGUCCUCUGCCGCCUGCUGGACGCUGUGGACACGCUCUCCAUGUCUCGCUGAGAAAAAGCUUCUAGUUGCAGCUGAAAACUCCUGAAACUCAAUCUGAGAAUCGACUCCUGUUUGUUCGUCCAACAUUUUAUCUUCAGCGUUGUUUCUUACAAACACAAAGCUCAGUCAAGCCACUCUACUUUAUUUAACUCUGAAAAACUGCUGACGACAAUAUUUCAGUGUUUUAAAAAACUGACUGGUUGUGUUGACCUCUUGACCUUGCCUCUAGCGCCACCAUCAGGACAAAUCUAUUAUCUAAGCAUAAAAAACACUAAUUAUUCCAUGAACGUUGUGUGUGAAGCUGCAGCAGGAGCUCAGCCUCCUGGACUGUGAUCCUAUGUGUUCAUUGUUAAACUGAAGUUUUGUGAUGAAGGAAAAACCAGAGCAGCACAUGAGAUCACACGAGGUUUCCUCCGUGUGACGGAGCCAGAACGACACGGCGUCGAUCAACAGAUUUAUAAAUAUUUAAAUAUUAACUCAGUGUGGAAAAGAGAACUACGUCCGUUUGUGUAGUCUCAUGACUGAUGUGUCCGUCUGGACCAAACGUCACGUCAGGUCUUCCUUCUGUUUAUCUAUUGAAACAUUUGAUUCAGUUAAAGACGAGUUAGGAAUCACUUUCAAAGUCUGAGGUGUGUUUCUGGUUGUUGCUUGAUUCCUGUGUGGGGCCUUGAGAUGACCCGGAGGUCCCUGCUCGGUGCAGGUGACCUUCAUCUGUCCCUCCUCCCGGGUCAACACGCUGCAGUGGUUACCUUUUCGCUGUGAACUGUUGCUUUCACUAAUUUUUCUCCCUGUGCUGUGAACGGUUUUAGGAUGAAUCUGACGCAGCGUUACAUUCCCAUCAUCAACGUAUGUUUCAGCCACUAUUCAUCGUCUGCCACCCUCCUCUUCCUCUUCCUGUUGUGUCCGACUCUUUGUUUUCUCUGGUCGUGUCCAGCUGAGGCUGCCUAUAGCUAACAGACUGUAUAGACUGAACACUGUAUCUGCUGGUGAGACUUAACGUGACUCUGUAACUAUUAACUUUUUAUUGUUUUGUUGACUUUGUUUUUAAACUAUUUGUUGGGCCCAGCGUGUUUCUGAUGAGCACACUGUGCAGCCGCAGCACAGGCGGUCCAGCCUGGGGUCGAAGUGCUGUGAGGACGGAGCCUCGUGUGGACGUGAAGUCAACAUUUGUUUUGAUGAAUAAAAAGGCCAAAAUGGAAACUGAA